GAAGUUAGUUGUAUGGGCGUACAUAGCACCAAAUUGACAUUAAAAUGGAAGAAAGGUAGUUUUGGUGGCUCUCGUGAUUAGAUUUCUGUAACGAAAUGAUGCUCUUGGCCUCUAAUAUCCAUGUCAGAUGCUCUGUCAAGGGUGAACAUUUAGUGGCACGACAAUGCUAGCUGGCCAACCACUGAAUGCAUUGCCUUGGAUUACACCAAUAUUAUUCUGCCUGGUGCUAGUAGUGCUCUUGGUACUAUGUACUUGUUUGGAAAAACCUGAAAAAAGCGUGAGUUAUGGCACUACAGGAAGACUGUCAUUUUUAUCCAGUCCGUCUGUCCAACACGUUGAGGGGAUUGGUCACAUGACAGUUCCUUCAGCUGAUGACGCUAUACACAUAUCACUGGAUCCAAAAGCAAGAACCAAGGAUCGGGCAUUGCCUGAUGUCCCAUUGGUAACUAUCAUUCGUAGUUCUGCAAGUGAAUUAAACCCACAUUUGGUGCCUGACAACUGCUCUGAAUGCAAUGAAACUGUUGCCAAGGAGAUGGUAAACCCUGUUAGACCAAAAAACCAUCGACGCAACAAAACCAAGACUCCAACACCACCGGGAAUGAAUGGACUAACAGUUUCUGUCUCUACCAUAUCAAAUAGUAGACCCCACUCUGCACCCCUGACCCCAGCUAGCUUCGAUACCACCUCAUUAGAUUUUCUUCAACAUUCAAAUCUGGUGCAGGCUGUAAACAGCUCCUCUGAGUUAUACAGUAUGGUCAACAAAAUUCCACCUGUUCAUCGCUCUUUAAUUUCAGGAAACGAGAAAUGCGGUGACCAAGAUACUGAUAGCUUGUAUAAUGACCCGGAAGUUGUACGUUUCCAACAACAUCCAGUUUCUACAAAAGGACUUAGGCAGCUACCUUUACCUGCAUUUAGUUUUUGCAAACCCACAUCUUCAAAGCGGUUGCACCAAGACACCACUGACUCGGAGAGCUUCUUGACAUUACAAGCUGAUGGUUUGUUUUAUCAUAAAUUUACUUUUU